UCGUCCUAGUUUCACGUGACCGUUUGGUUCGGUUUUCCACGUUCGUUUCGGCACCCAUCCCCUCGCUUUCCACACCCACACCCGCUCCCCGCACGUACAAAUUGUUCCAGCAGUGCCACUCGCGAGUUUACCAGCAACCGCAACCAGCACCGGUGCCGAAACCAGCCCCAAAAAAAUUUACAAACAAAUCAUCACAAUGAAUCUAUUCACCGUUUUCUUCGCUCUCGUCCUGGCCGUGGCCACCGUCGCCGGACAACGGUUCGGUUUCCCGCAUACGGCCCAGUUUGGGCUCGCUUCGCUGACCGGGGACUUCGGAGGACCGAGCGCCUUCGGGGGACAGGAUUUGUCAGGUACUUUGAACGCUGGUAUCAGAGAUCCCAGACAGAACCGAGGCCCCGUGGUGUUCCCGCCAGCCCCAGCUGAUGCGCCAGUUGAGUCGAGUGGAGUGAUCGUCGGUGCUUCCGGAUAUGGUUUCGUGCCCCCGAAUACGCCCCAGAAAUUCAGGAAAAAAGCACCGCCAUACCGGUACCCGAUCGCGUCCUGGAAGCCCAAUUCCGGUUCAGCUGGAACACCUCAGCGUCCGAAGAAGCCCGGCAUCGGGAAGCUGCCUCCAGUGCCGGUGGCCAUCGCUGGGUUCAAGAAGCCGACACCUCCCAAGUGGUUCCGGUUCUACAAAGGACAGGUGCCUGCCCCGGCAGUGGCGGUGACAGCAGGGCGGAAACCACCCCCAUUGCCACCUCCGGGGGUGUUCGUCAGUCGGCCGAAAGCGAUAUCUGGUGGAGGCGCAGGUAUCAGCUACGCGACCAGACACUGA